AUGGCCGGCGUUGAUGAUUUCCGUUUGGUUGAGAGCAAUGAUCCCACGGAGAUUUAUGCGCAGUUUGAUCAUCUGAGGUCCAAGUGUCCUGUUGCACACACCUCAGAUAAUGGAGGGUUCUGGAUGCUCUCUCGGUACGAAGAUGUCAAAAACUGUGCUUCCGAUUGCAGUUUGUUUGUAUCAUCAAGGAAAGCAGUCAUUCCCAGUGAUCCACGUGGUAUUCGCCGGCCGCCACUUAACACCGAUCCCCCAGCGCACACACCGUACCGAACUGCCCUUGAUCGAACCUUGAAACCCGCGAGGAUCCAACGGCUUGAGCCUAUCAUAAGAGAACAUGCUGAACGCGAGUUUGCCAAGACCGUCCAGAAAGGCGAGUCAGAUAUAUGUGCAGAUUUCGCUGCAUCAUUCGCCGCCUGGGUCGAAGUCAGCUGGUUAAAUCUCAACGACGAUAUGGCACCGAAGCUGGCUGAAACAGCUUCAAAGUGGAUCAACGCCUGGAGAGAGCAAAAUGGUCCCGAAACAAGUAUCCAAUCAGAAAAGAUGUAUGACAUGGCAAGGGCUCUAUUCCAUGAUAGACGAAUGUCCCCCAGAGAUCCUGAACAAGAUCCUGCCUCCUCUCUGCUGCUGGAGAAGGAUGGUGAAGGACAGCCAUUAAGUGACGAGCUGUUAAUGUGA